AAACAGCAUCAUGUAUGUUGGAGAUAACGGACCUUAUAAAGAAGGAGGUUCUGUAGGACACACACAAUACUGCUGCUGCCACUGAUGAAGAUGAUGCAGAUGAUCCUUCUCAUUCUGGUUGGAGUCUGUCUGAGGUCAGCUGAAGCUGCAAAGCUGGGUGUGGUUCAGACUGAGGGCGGCCUGGUGGAGGGGCUGAACAUUGAUACGGGUUUCUUCAGGACGGUGGAGGUGUUUAAAGGCAUCCCCUUCGCAGACAUUCCGGGAAAGUGGGAGAAACCUAAACCUCAUCCUGGCUGGGAUGGAGUCCUGGUUGCCACCAAGUACAGAGAUCGAUGCCUACAGGUGACAUUGUUGCAGACAAAAACCCACGGCAGCGAAGAUUGUCUCUACCUGAACAUCUUUGUUCCGCAUGGACUGUCAGUCUCCACCAGCCUCCCAGUGAUGGUGUACCUUUUUGGAGGAGCCUUCCUGUUGGGAGCAUCCAAUGACGUGGAGGUUCUUGGAGAGUCUCUUUAUGAUGGGAAGGAGAUGGCUGACAGGGGUGGGGUUAUUGUUGUGACGGUGAACUACAGAGUUGGUACUAUGGGUUUCCUCAGCACCGGAGAUGAACGACUGCCAGGUAACUAUGGUCUUUGGGACCAGCAUGCUGCCAUUUCCUGGGUGCGCAGAAACAUCAGGGCAUUCGGAGGGCACCCUGACAACAUCACCAUCUUUGGCCAAUCAGCCGGAGCUGCCAGCGUCAGCUUCCAGAUGCUGUCACCUUACAAUAAAGGGUUGUUCCGCAGAGCAAUCACUCAGUGUGGAGUGGCCCUCAGUCCCUGGGCCCUCCAGAAGAACCCCAUGGCUCUCACAAAGAAGAUUGCUCAUAAAGUCAGUUGUUGGCAAACCCAGGAAGAUGACAUGUUGGCAUGCCUGAAGACCGCUGACCCGGUCAAACUCACUAUUGCAGGAAAAAUUAACUUGUUGGACAUUUUUGGGAAAGAUCCUGUCAUGGACCUGCUCGAUCUUGCUCCAGUGAUUGACGGUGAUUUCAUCCCUGAUGAUCCCAGCAAGCUGUUUCACAAUGCAGCUCAGUUCGACUACCUGGCUGGAGUUAACAGCAUGGAUGGACACUUAUUUGCUGGAGUUGAUGUUCCUUCAAUCAACAGUAUGAAAGAAACCACUACAGUAGAACAGGUGAAAGGUCUUCUGUCUGGUCUGACUAAAGAGAAGGGGGACGUUGCCAUCACCUCAGCCUUUAGUGUCUACUCGGUUCACUGGGGUUUGGCUCCAGAUCCAGCUAUCGUGAAGAAAACCGUGGUCGACAUCGAGACAGAUUUCCUGUUCCUGGUACCAACUCAGAUUGCCCUCCAGCUCCAUGCCAACAACACCAGUGGUGCCAGUACCUACUCCUACCUGUUCAACAUGAAGACCCGGAUCCCAGGGUUCCCUCGCUGGGUGGAGGCUGAGCAUGCAGAGGACCUACAGUAUCUGUUCGGUAAACCCUUCUCCAUCCCACUUGUCUACCUCCCCCGACAUCGAGACCUGUCCGGCUACAUGAUCGCAUACUGGACCAACUUCGCCAAGACCGGUGACCCCAGCAGAGGCAACAGUAGAGUCCCAGUGUCCUGGCCUCCCUUUACGAAAUACCACCGACCGUACCUGGUGAUAAACCAUUCGAUGAGCAAGUCCUCUGUCAGCUACGAUUUGAGAUCAUUUUAUGUGAACUACUGGACUCAGACCUAUAGCCAGCUGCCAGAUGCAGAGAGAACGGAAGAAGAGAAGAAACUCUGAUCCACUUUGUCCAGACUGAUACGUUAGUCUUCUUAGAUAAUAAAUGAAUAGAAACCUUCUCUGGUUGCUGUUUGUGUCUAAGAUAAGACGUAUAUUUACUUCAUAUAGCAUAAAACAUCAUAAUGUAGGAACUUGUAUCAGAAACAGCUCUGUGCAGCAGAACUUCCUGUUAAAUGAUUGUAAAAAUAAAAAGUUGAUGUGG